CCGCAUCGUCCAAUGGAUGGAUCCGCGCAAGAACUGUCAAGCGUGACCCUGCACCCGUUUCGUGCGAGAAAAAAAAAUUAUUGGCUACUGCUGCUUGAUUGUUUCGUCGCCACGGCCAGCAGCACAUGUCGCGAUCGUGUCGUACCGCGCAGGUCGCGGUGAAAACGUCGCAGUUCGCCCCACAGGGCAUGUAACGCGCCGCCGUCUGACGCCGACAGCUGAUUCAGCUCGCCGAGGUAAAUAUGUCAUCCUUCCUGCCCAGUAUUUUCGACGCCGCCACUGGACUUCUACCUCUGAGCAAGUGCCGAUACUCCGGAAGCAUGCCUGAGAUGUUUGCUGUAACGCUCUUGAGCGGAUACAUCGUAACGUCGGUGAUACUCUUCAAAUACCCGCACCUUUUGCAUCGGAGAAAGCAGUUGAAGUUCCCAUGUCGUCAUAUCAGCCAUCGGGGUGGAUCAGCGGAGAACUUGGAAAACACAAUCUCGGCGUUCAGACACGCACUGAAGGUUGGCACCGAGCUCAUAGAACUGGACGUUCAGCUGACAAAAGAUGGGAAGGUGGUUGUCUGUCACGAUUCCGGCCUGCUGCGGUGUGCGGGUGUGAACAAAAACAUAUCAGAGCUCAACUAUGAUGAGCUGCCGCCUUUAAAGCCAAGCUUACAGGUUGAUUUCUGCAAUGGUGCACCAAGUCCAGUGUGUGAGGAUCGAAAGAUACCUUUACUCAGCGACAUUUUUACCCUUUUCCCAAGCGUGCCUGUCAACAUUGACAUCAAGACCAAGAAUGACAAGCUCGUAGAAAAGGUGCACGAGCUCAUCAAGGAGUUCAACCGCGAGGACAUCACAGUGUGGGGAAGCUUCCACCAUAGCGUCGCCACGAAGUGUUACAAACUGAAUCCCGAGGUGCCGCUCUACUUUUCGGCACGGUGUGUCGUCUACCUGCUCUUCCUGACCUACAGUGGGCUGCUGCCCUUCGUACCACUUAGGCAGUCGUGUCUGGAGAUUCUGCUGCCUUCAGUGGCGAAACGGAAUCCCUCGAUGAUGGAGCAACUGAAGCAACCGAAGUCACGUUUCCUCUUCAGGUUGCUAGACUGGUUCGUUGUAAGGAAGUUUGUGAUAAAUCAUCUUCGAAAGCGAGGCAUCCCGACUUACUUGUGGGUGCUGAACGAGAAGGAAGACUUUGAAAAAGCGUUCGCCAUGGGUGCCGCCGGCGUGAUGACGGAUCGGCCCACUCUUCUCAGGGAGUACCUCGAUCAGAACCCUUGCAUCGGAAGAUGAGGGACGACGGAAAAAAUCCUCACACGGGUCUCGUCGCGACCAAGAGAACACUUCGCUGCCAUCUCUUUUUUUAAAUGAAAAGCUUUCGCUGGCGGGUUUAGAAAUAAGAACGAAAGUAUUUCUGCACAAAAAUAUGUCGGAGCUGCGCGGAUAGUCUCGGCCACCGUCUACUUUUCCACGUACAAAGGUACACGACAUUCGGGUGCUUUGCCGUCUCAAAAGGGAAGUUUUUAGUGAAACGCUGCUCGCGCUCCAUUUUGCCCGGUGAAACAGUGUUUGCUUUCUUAACAUCUUCACUUUCGCAUCGCCCUUUUUUUAGGAGUCCUCUCGAAAUGAGUAGCGCAGCUUUGGUUAGUGAUAAUUAUCGAGUCGUUGUGUAGUCACCCUAGCAGAUUUUAUAGAGUAUUUAUUUGCGAAUGUGAAGCAUGGCGCUAUUUAUGUGUUGGAGAUGUCUGGCUGUCGAUGACUGUUUCAUGUUAACUGUGCCAACGUGGAGUCCUCGUUAACUUUUCGUACUCGUCUUUAUCGUGAUCUUGUCAAAACGGUGCACAUGUCGCCGUUCCAAGCAAUGCGCACGUGCACAAACCACAUAGACGUUCAAGCUAGGACCAUGGCAGAUGCUUUAAUACACUGCUUACUCUUUUUCUAUCACAUUUACACACCCAUGUGUUGAGCCAGAAGAAAAAGAAACACAUUUACAAAAUACAGUCCACAUGGCCAAAGACAAAUGUACAUCUAACACAUAGUAUUUACAAAGAGCGAGUGACAUCAGAAUGCAUACCAAAGAGUAUUCGAACAAGUCCUCUCUUGUUUUGUUCAUUAUGAAAAAUGGCUGUGUCUGCUGUUUGUUGUAUAAAUAUAUAUAUAGUAUAUGCAAGAACAAAAAGUGAGAAUGAAGAAAGAGAUUCUGAAUUAAUAAAAAAAAACCUGCUUGAU